UUUAGGAAAGCUAUUGGAUUUCCACGGUUUAUGAACAGCCCAACAAUCCAAAAUGUCUGGGCUGAAGUUUCUGAAUUCGGCUGUUUCAAGUGUAGUGAAAUGUCUGGGCCGAAGUUUAUGAACAGACCACCAACCCAAAAGGUCCCAACUCCCAGCCGCAUGUAGUUGUUUCUAUUAACCCAGUCAGUCAGUGCAAGGCGUGCAUAGGGGCCAUGGCUGCCACCAGUUUCGUAGCAGCGUCACUUCUCAGAAGGGCAGCUCUGCCUCUAGGUUUUGCUGUCUCCCUUCCUCUCAAAAACAACAAGCUUUCUCACCAGACCACCCUGCUCACUUUUCCUCUCACUCCUCGUUUGACUUCUUCAGCUUCAGGAUUAUGCCACUUAGCUCAAGCUGUAAAGGGGGAUGUUGCUGAGUUACUUAAAGGUGUGGGAGACAAAACUGUUAUUGAAGAAGUAAAGCGUAUUCUUGAGAUGGCUAGACGUGCAUCAUCAAGAAGAGAAAUUCUCCAGACGAAUUUUCUCACCCCUCCGGUGAUGAAGGAGUCAAUGCUAGCAUUGACAAAGCUAGCUGAUUUGAAAGCAGUUUCUCAGGGUGGAUACCCGCAGGCUGAGCGGUGCCGGAUUUCUGUUGGACAUCCAGAAGUAUUGACAAGCGAUCCUGAUAUAAUUGCAGCAUUGAGUAUCACAGGAAACUUUGGGUUCCAACCUUGUUCUCAUGGAGACUUUCUAGGAGCAAUUCUUGGUACAGGGAUUGCUAGGGAGAAGGUCGGAGAUGUUAUCUUACAGGGGGAGAAGGGGGCUCAAGUCAUUAUUGUUCCAGAACUCAUUGACUUUCUUAUGUCAUCACUCGACAAGGUUGGCAAUGUUCCAGUAUCUGUUACUAAAAUACCAUUGAUCUCCAUUGAUUACGAACCACCAAGUACUAAGUCAUUUAAAACCAUAGAAGCAUCAGCGAGGAUCGAUGCUAUAGCUAGUGCAGGAUUUAAGAUUUCACGGUCAAAACUAGUUGACCUGAUCCGUGAUGGGGAUGUGCGCCUCAACUGGACCCCUGUUACUAAAAAUGGAGCUACACUCAAGGCUGGUGAUAUUGUAUCAGUUAGAGGAAAAGGAAGACUGAAGAUAGGAGAAAUUAACACGACAAGGAAGGGGAAGUUUGCAAUAGAGCUUAUUCGUUAUUUGUAAGUUUUGAAACGGGUAUUGACGGAACAUUUCUAUUCUUGGAUCUAAAUAGGUCUAAGAUGACCUGUCGGGAAAAAAAAAAAACAGAGGUCUAAGAUGGGUAACUAACUUUCUGAGGCUCUUCUAAAGAACAAGCAUAUCUUGCAUCAACGUUUGGCUUUAUUUGCAAGUUCAAAGAUGUACAUAUUUUUACGCCAUUUUUUUUUCCUAAAAUUAAUAUUCUGCAUUCUUCGUUGUAUUGUUCAUAUUUAACACUUCCAUUACUUGAGGAACUUUGUUUAUAAAUUGAUAGCCUUCUGAUCUUGUGUACUUAA